CACGCCUCCUAUCCAGUGAAAUAGAAGAACUUGGGCUGUCUGAUCCGCGGCUAUAAACUGAUGUUAAACGCCGUAUUAACGUCUCGUUUAGUUUAUUGAGCAUAAUCUUGCUGCGGGAUCCCUGCACUUGCCGGUAAAAUGAUUUCGUCAUAAAGGGUUCCGGUAUAAAGAACCGGGAGGAGAAUCACAGCUAAUGGCUCGAUGUCAUAGCCGGAUCCUCUGCUUGUGUCUCAUGCCCUGCCUGAUGGUGGCACAUCUGCUGGUCUAUGUAGUGGUGUCCAUCUGCAUCGCCAUGUCCUACCACCAGCCCCAGCUUCCCGUCCGCUUCGCGGCCACUGGGGUGUCUUCGGGCUCCCCCGAGCUGGCGGCCCACCCUGUGAACCCGUUCUGGAGCCUUCGGCUGCAAGGCGGAGCCCUGUGGAACCAGCUGCAGCACCCCCUGGACCGGCAAUACAACCCCAUCCUCAGGGGCAACAGCACUAAUACAAGCCCAAUGCCCGCUGCCAGGGCACAAGAGCAGGGGAGCCGAGUCCAGCAGGGGGUGCCAGAGUGCAGCCCAGACCAGCGCUGGGUCUCCCUCAUCAGGGACUUUAGUUCUCUGCCCGAGCAGAUGAGAGAUUUUGUCGUCUCCAUGCACUGCACCCAGUAUCCCCUUCUUUUGGACCAGCCGGACCUCUGCAGCCACAAAGACGGCGAUGGGGAGGAGCUUAUGCUCUUGGUAGCAGUGAAAUCCCAGAUGGGCAACUUUGAGAACAGACAAGCCAUUCGGCAGACAUGGGGUGCGUCGGGGUGGGUGAGGGGGGAAGAGGGAGCCAAUGGGGGCUUAGUGCGCACUGUCUUCCUCUUGGGGAGACAGGAUGGCUCGACGGGGGAUCACCCGGAGCUGGGAGCCCUACUGGAGCUGGAGAACUAUCGGCACAGGGACAUCCUGCAGUGGGACUUCCGGGACACCUUCUUCAACCUGACGCUGAAGGACGUGCUGUUCUGGCGCUGGUUUUCGGAGCGCUGCCCCAAAGCGCGUUUCAUCUUCAAAGGCGACGACGAUGUGUUUCUGCGCACGCGCUCCCUACUGGACUUCCUGCACCAGCAAGAGGCGACGUUGGGUGCCGGACCCAACGGCACCGAUGGGACGCGGGACCUGGUGGUGGGGGAGGUGAUCAGCAAUGCAGACCCAAACCGGCAACCUUCGACGAAAUAUUACAUCCCCGAGAGCUUUUUCAAGGGGGUGUACCCGGCCUAUGCGGGCGGGGGAGGGGUGGUGUACUCGGGGGCCUUGGCACUGCGUUUGAGGGAGGUCUCCGAGAGGGUGCACCUCUUCCCCAUCGAUGAUGUCUACCUGGGCAUGUGUCUUCACAGGCUGGGCAUCUCACCCACCCAUCACCCGGGGUUUCUGACCUUCGACAUUCCAGAGGCUGACCGAGGCAAACCUUGUGCCUAUCGCUCCAUCCUCCUGGUACACAAGAGGAGCCCCCAGGAGAUUCUCCACCUAUGGUCCGCCCUGCAGACUCCACCACCUCCUUGCUAAGCCGGCGGGGGUGAGAGCUCCCCCGGGCAAAGCCAGAAGGGGCUGGUAGAAAGGGCACGUCGAGGCUCAACGGGAACCAUCGCUAUGCACGGAGGGUGCCAGACACGUAAUCUCGGACAGUUCCAGCCGACACAUGGCCACGUGGGACACGGCAAGCUUGUCUUCCAGCGCCCUUCUGCGUAAAUUUUAACGUUUUGGUUGGAUCGCCCAAGAACAAAAGAUGUGACAUUUAUAUAAAGCGAGUCUUAUAAAAGAGACAUCCUGAAAUAUUCUGCGAGUUAGACAGUACUGCUGAAUGUCUCAGAGCUGUAGCUGCCGUUCUUUCAGGAAUUUCAGAUCCUGAUGGGAAAUGAGAUACAAAAGAGGAGCUGCUGCGGAUCCAACAGACGGCGUCCAAGGCCUGCAUCAAAAGAGUCUCGUUAAAGAACAGACAGAAAUCUGCGUGCAUCCCCAGAAUUGUUUCAGUGAGAUAUUACGCUGGUAGAUGGACUCUGUGUUUACAAAUUACAGGCUGUGUGGCUUUGGUGCUGAGCUGAGAUAACAGCGCAAGUUUUAUUUGACACCUCAGAAUUUAAAAAUAGACACCAUUAGUGUUCUGCAAUAUUCUGUUGCCUGAUCGUCCAAAAUAAUUUUGUCAUUUGACUGUUUGUAGAGAGUUUUUUUGUUUUUUUCUUUUGAUUGAGAGGUAAAAAAUUGGUUUUAUGAUAGCUAAACCUUUUGUAUUAAUAAAAUGCAUGUUUCGUA